AAUCUUCAGGUGUGGAGGAAAAGAAAAAACUGUUCUCACAUAUUGAUCUUUGGACAUAUUCCGGAUCAAAGUGAAAAUUUCAAUCCCAAGUGCUAAAUAUAAUUUUCAUGUGAAAUGGAAGCCAGCACUAUGGGAACUGCUGUACUUCAUGGGCCAUCUUCAGCAUUCGAUCCAGAUCGAGAAAUGAAGGAUCGUAAAUUGGCCCAGAUAUUCAAAAAAUUGCAUAUGGAACAAGAUUUGAAUACUUUGUUGGAUUUUGAUGACACUAUUCCUCGUCCAUCGAAAGUUCCUUUAAAUCAUGUAGACGAAUUGAGUAAGGACAAAGUUGAACGUUGUCGACCACGUAAAAUACUUGAUUAUGCUGUACUGGCCAAAGGACAAGGUUAUCGAAAUAAUCUUGUUGGGUCUUUUGCAAGCAGUUAUUCAGAAACGGGUGGCUCUAAUAAAAGUGGAUCUGGCUGCAAACGAAUACGCUUUCAAAAAGAUCGGUUUAACGAUAAUAUUUCAAAGUUUAGUGUCAAACGGCAUUCCCGAUGUGGCCGAUACGUUUCUGCCCCCAAAAAAAGUAGCAGAUCGCGGCGCUUUUCAUUUCCACCGACAGCAAAUGGUACCAAGAAGAAGGAAACACCAAGAUCACAAAGUUUUGCUUGUGGAACGAAAGGAGGUAUCCUGAAAAGACACGUGAAAGAUGCGAACAAUAUUAGACAAGCAUUUCUCAUUUCGAAAAAAGUACUAGAUAGCCAAAAUCAGCAUUUUGAAGAAUUCAUUCUUCCUGAAAAAUGGAUCAAGGAGUCGCAGAAAAGAAAUAAAACAAAGAAGAUAAAAUCUAAAAAAGAAGAGAGCGCCAAUAUCGCAUCUGUUGAAGAUCUGGCAAUGGAGCGUCUCGUAAGAGCUUUCAAAACCGCAAAGCUUUUAUAUCCUGAAAAAUUUGCAGAGUAUUUCCCAGACUUUAUGCACUGUUUCGAAUCAGAUGUCAAUAAAGAAAAGCGAGGUAACAAAAAUGGUGUUAUGUCGAAGCAAGUUUAUCUUAAAACUGUCAAAAAUGAAGAGAUUGCUAUGACAUUCGACAAAAAUAUUGCAUUGGAUUCUGGCGAUGAUCUGCCGAAAAGAAUUCGUAAGAUGCCAAAAAUUUUACGAGAAUAUUCAACAGGUGCUGAAAUAGCAGGAAAAAAGCUAGUCAGUUUGAAAGAACAGAUCCCCUCAGUAACACAAAAGAUUUCACGUAUUGAUAGUCCUUUGGCGGGCACCUCGGGAUUCCGUAAGCGAUCAAAAAGAUCAGAUUCACCAUCGAACCAGUCGAUGCUUUCUAAAUCUCAGCAGAAUGAAAAGGCAGAAAAUACUAAACAAAUGGGAGAUUCAGAAGAAAUGGGCAAAGUUCCGACAUCGAAGAGGCGUAGAUGUGCUAAGAGUGCCUUUCGUCCCAGCGCAUCAGUCGUGAAAGCUACCAGUGUUAAUGCAACAGUUAUCCAAAACAACAUUGAAGAUAGUGCAACAGAAUCUUCAUCUGAUGAAUCAGGCAAUAUGCGCUCGCCUAAGAGACAGCGGGCUCAAAGUGGUUUUUACAAGACGCUAGUGACACUGUACGACAAAAAACGUUCAUAAGCGUUUGAGAAAUCUGUGGGUUGGAGAAAAAAGAAAAACAAUUGACCUGAAUUGUAUGCAUAAACUGCGAACACCUGGAUGUUUUUCUUUAUUUUCUAAGUACUUUAUUGUUCUUACAGUAGUUUUUGUACUUCAAAUUGUAUUCCGAAUUUUGUUAAAACUCGGAAUUCUAAAUCUGAUGAGGAGCAGCAACAGUCACUGUUAAGUAGAGUCACUGUGCAAUUUUUUUAGGUUUUGAAGUAC